UUUCGUGUUCAGCCGCCGCCGCUAUAAACAGCAUGCCUACGAAGCUCCGGAGGAAGACCUGCACCCCGCGCUGCUCCACGACGUAGCCCACCCCCUCCACCAGUUCAACAUGCCCCUUCUCCUGCUCCAGCUCAAAGUGGUGGUGGUGGUGGUGGAUCGAUGCUUGGAGGCAUUGGCUCAACCAUAGCUCAGGGCAUGGCUUUUGGUACUGGAAGUGCAGUGGCACACAGGGCUGUGGAUGCUGUCAUGGGUCCUCGAACUAUCCAACAUGAAACUGUGGUCUCUGAGGCUGCUGCUGCUGCCCCAUCUCCAACUACAAACAGCCUUGCCGGCCCUGAUGCCUGCGGUAUUCACUCCAAGGCAUUCCAAGAUUGCAUCAACAACUUUGGAAACGACCUCAGCAAGUGUCAGUUCUACAUGGAUAUGCUUGCUGAAUGCAGGAAGACCUCAGGCGCUGUGUUGGGUGCAUAAACGUUCCCUUUGCUUCGCUAUUUGAUGGGUAUUCAGCUAUGAAGUUGUGAUGUUUUAAUGACGAUGAUUCUGUGCGUAUGUAGUUGAGGAUUUACACGGGAAACUCUUUGAACCCCGAUAUUGUUAUUGAAACAUUGGUACUUUUAAAUAUUAAUGGUGCUUGGAUAAAAGAUUCAAUUGAUUACUGCUUGUGGCUUAUUAGUA